CGUCACUUGAGUCAACUGUCAUUUGUAAUUGUUAUAUAUUUGAGGUUAUGUUUUGGUUUAUUUGAUUCUGCAAUAUAUUGGAAUACAUUAAUAAACAAAAAUGGCGAGAAAUGCUGAAAAGGCUAUGACCACAUUAGCGCGAUGGCGCGCAGCUCAAGUGCAGGAGGCCGGCGGUCAACGAGAGCGACGUCCAUACCUUGCGUCAGAAUGCAAUGACCUGCAGCAAGCAGAAAAAUGGCGACUCCAAAUCGUUAGGGAAAUUGCCAAAAAAGUUGCGCAAAUACAAAACGCCGGCCUGGGUGAAUUUCGCAUUCGUGACCUGAACGAUGAAAUCAAUAAAUUGAUGCGUGAGAAACGUCACUGGGAAGUCCAAAUAAAGGCGCUAGGCGGUCCCGAUCAUGCUCGCGUUGGGCCAAAAAUGUUGGAUCAAGACGGGAAAGAAGUUCCGGGAAACAGGGGAUACAAAUAUUUCGGUGCUGCGAAAGAUUUGCCGGGUGUACGUGAAUUAUUUGAGCAAGAACCGCCGCCACCCCCGCGUCGAACACGCGCCGAUCUCAUGAGAGACGUUGACGCCGAUUACUAUGGGUACAGAGAUGAUGACGAUGGACUCCUACUACCCUUAGAACAGGAGGCUGAGAAAGAAGCUAUUAUACGUGCGGUUGAAGAGUGGAAAAAGAACAAGGAUGAAGCUUUGCCAGAAGAAGAAAAUAUUUAUCCGGAAGAUCCGGAUGAUAAGAGAAUAGAAGAAGACGAAGAGCCUGCUGCUCCAGUGGUCACCUCUCAUGUCGCCGUGCCUUCACAAAAGGACAUCGAGGAAGCACUACUUCGGAGAAAGAAGCAAGAACUCUUGGAACGCUAUGGAUGUAUGGAUGUUAAGAUGGAAACUAGCUGACCUUGGAAUUUAUAUUAGGUUAAUGUCCAAUAUUUUGGAUAUUAACUCAUAAUGCAUUAUGGAUGUUUGAGCUUUUAAUAAAUAAGUCAAAACCUAAAUAAUGCAUUAUGAUUAGAUGUUGAAGGAUGUACAUGCACGAAUAAAUCUAAUUGGUUGGCUUUUACUGCGUAAGGGCGUCACUUUCAGACAUUAUAUUUGUAGUCAUUAUGUGACAAAUAAUAGGAACCUAUAUUCCGCGGAGAUAUUCGUUGCUAGGUAAGUAUGUAUAAUGUGUUCUAGAAUAAGGGUAUCAAAAAUAUAACCCGGCUAGGAAAAUAAAAACCUUUGGUCAAACAAUACUUGAUACCCUUUUCUGCAACGCAUAUACAGCUUCGUAAUAAUUAUUCAGAUUUCGAAAUGAAAAUAAAACUUAGUUGCAUUUCUCUGUAAUCUUUAUUUUUGAACAAAUUUCAGGAUGUACUUGGGACAUACAUGGCCUAUAACUAAGCAAAAUAUACACCAUAUUAAAACAUACAACUAUUUCACUUGGGUCUUGUAUCCCACUCAAACCUAUGACAUACAAUAUGCACUUGUAGGCUUUAAGUUAUAAUAUAAAAAUAUCUAUAAGGAACAAUUGCAUUAGCUAUAAGUAAAUCGAGACGAAUCCAUAGGGAUUUCGAAUAUGUAUUACUAAAAGAUUUAACUACAAUUCAAACCAGUAUAAUCGAUGGUAUUUUUAUCGACAAUUCUUUCCAUUGGAUCAAGAUAGAAUGUAGUAAACUAGGGGUCUAUGUAUCACUUUAUUCCUACGGUAGUUUGUUUGGAAUGAGUUCAUGUACCGCUGUAAAGAUAUUAAGAGAACAGCUCACAAGAACGUGAAUUCGAUAAUAAACUUAAUAAGAAAAA